CACAGCUCUCUGCUUCAGACUGUUGAUGCUCGGAGUCACUCUGCUGAACACUUACACUCAGAGAAGUGAUGCAGCUUUUCUUCGCGUCACUCCAGACAGACUGCAGCACUUUGAAUAUGAGCCUGUGUCUUUUCACUGUGAGGGGAUUCCUGGUCCCGUUAAGAUGGAAAUGAUCAGGGAUACUGAGCAACAGGAUCUAGUUUGUGAUAUUAAGAGGACGCCAACAGUGUCCUCCUGCACCAUUGGUGAAAUCUAUAAAGGAGACAGUGGAGAAUACUGGUGUGAGAAUGAAGCAGGAGAGAGGAGCAACACGGUCAACAUCUCUGUCACUGAUGGUCCAGUGAUCCUGGAGAGUCCUGUCCUCCCUGUGGACGAGGGUAACGAUGCCACUCUGAGCUGUAAAAGAAAGACAACCUCUUCAAACCUGACAGCUGGUUUCUACAAAGAUGGCGUCCUCAUCAGGAGCAGCUCUACAGGAGAGAUGACCAUCCACAGUGUUUCCAAGUCUGAUGAAGGACUCUACAAGUGUCACAUCUCUGGAGCUGGAGGAUCACCAGAGAGCUGGAUGGCUGUCAGAGCUGGUUCAGUGAUCCUGGAGAGUCCUGUCCUCCCUGUGGAAGAAGGCAACAAUGUGACUCUGACCUGCAGGAAGAAGAUGUCUUCCUCAAACAUGACAGCUGGUUUCUACAAAGAUGGCCUCCUCAUCAGGAGCAGCUCUACAGGAGAGAUGACCAUCCACAGUGUGUCCAAGUCUGAUGAAGGACUCUACAAGUGUCACAUCUCUGGAGCUGGAGGAUCACCAGAGAGCUGGAUGGCUGUCAGAGCUCAUCACAGAGACAUGUGUCCCUGUUCAGACCUCUUCAUACAUGUCGUCCUCGUCUUAAGGACGGUGUUCACCAUAGUGAUGGUGCCUCUGCUGCUGCUGCUGGUGGGACUGCUGCACUGUGGGAAACUCAGAGUUACAGUUGCACAAACAUAACUGAUACUCAUGUAUAAAGGUAACAUGUCAAGGUAAUGAAGCACAGAGCGUCCCAUCAUGCUCACGGUCUGAGAAAUCUGGCAGGUCAUCAAGAUGUUGUUCACCUUUAAUCUUCACUUGUUUAGUUUUUGUAUAAGUUGUGUGUUUGACUGUGAGGUAUCAAAGCUCUCUGUGUCACAUGUUCAUACCUGCAGCGACUGUUGGACUCUCUCACACACAGAAAAGGUUAAACCACAGAGGCACUGAUGCAUCAACUAUUUUUAAAAACCGAGCUUUCUGUUUUUAAAGUAUAUGUUGCUGCAUGUUUAGUUUUAGACUCGACAGAUGCUGGUGAUAAUUUGAGCCUCUCAGAGACAAACCACAUGAGACAAUACAUGUGAUGUGUGUAGAGAGGCGUUCAGGAGGCUCUGCUGAAACAACAAUAGUUUGUACAGGUUGAUAAUUUAAGAGUUAACUUGUGCCUUGAGGAAUCUGUAUCAUCUUUAAACUAACGUUUGAAGCAGCCUGAUACUUGUUUUUAUCUUUAUUAAAAAUGAACAUGUUGUAUCACAGAGCUGUAAACUAAAGAAAGAAUGUUGAAACAGUUUAAUUCAACAAUAUUUUGAAGCACAACAAAUGGUUAAACAAAGUCAAAGAAUGUGCAGACGUCACUCAAAGUAUUGUAUAAACACAGAACUAUACCUUCAUGUGUUUAUUUUUUCAUAAUUAUUUAUUGAUCUUAAUCUUAGAGGACAAAUACUGUAAACAUUAGCACCAACAUCAGGCAUUUUGUCUCUAAGGACACACACACAGAAUAAGGACACCUGAAGCCAUUUUAAACAUCAGAUUUAAUUUGAUUUGAUUGCAAAAAAAAAGGAAACAUAAAAACAAGAAUCUUGAAGAAUGACGACAGUGAUACGACCUCAUCAAAGUCACAUCUGUGUUACAAACUGGAGGUUUUCAAUGGAAAAAAAUGUUUUUCUGCACUGAUUCUGAACAAAGCAGGGAGUUUAUAUACAACAUGAAUGGAGUGUUCACGCUAAAUGCAGCGUUUCAGGCACUGAGAUACUUGUUUGUUUAUCUUCAUUAGAAAUGAACAUCUUUUAUUCCAAUGCUGUAAACUGAAGAAAAAAUGUUAUAGAAAAUAUUUUUGUUUUCUAUGUUAUUUAUAAAGGAUAGUCUCACAGGACAAAUAGGAAAUGUUUUGAAACUUGAUAUGUGUCAAUGCAAAUAUUGUAAAAGUAAGAACAAACAUCUGUCUUUGUAUCUCUCGAUACACACACACACACACACACA